UGAUUAAAAAAUUAGAAUUUGAAAUUGCCGCCUUGUAAGCUCAUGCGCACUGUUGGCCGAGACCACAGCAGCUGUUGGGGUUGCCAGGAUCUGCGACAAUUCCGUAGCGUGCUUACUGGCGUUGGCCCUUGGAAAGAGGGUGGCAGCCCUGAUUUACUGUUACAAAUCUGCUGGCUCCUUUGUUUCGCUUCGUUUUCUCGUUCAGUUGUUGCUGUGCGCGCUCCCACGUCCCAGGCUAACGGUGAAUUCUGCCUUCCACGCGAUUCGCAUUUCACCAUUCAUCCCCCAGUCCCCACACCCUCGCAUUCGUUCAUCCUGCUGCUGCUGUUGUUUUUUCUAUAUGCCUUGAAUUUUCGGGUUAACAACAAUCCCAUAAGGCGUCUGGAGCUCACUCUGUAUUUGUGUUGUUGCUUAUUAGUUUUGCAUUAAUCCAAAGUGAACGGAAUAGAAAGAGUGGCGUCACACGAAAAGAAAAUUUUCUUUGGCGUCGUUUGUGUAUGUGUGAUAGUCACCAGCAGCAGUAGCAACAAUAACAAACGCACAAAAGCAUGCAACGGUAAACAGUCAAGGACAAUACAAGACGCCGUUCUCUGUGUGUGUGUGUGAGCAAGUGCAACAAUAAAAACAACACCAUGUGGCACAAAUAACGGGGCAGCAAAGUAGCAAAAACAAAAAAAUAGAUAGGAAAACAAAACAAAAGGCAGGAACAAAUCACACACGAGGCUAAAGGAAAACGGAGGCUGCAAAAAAGAGAAGAAAAAACAGCGAAAAGGAGAGGGCAGCCAACAAGACCCCCCACCCCCACUCCCUCCGGACAUUUGGCGCCAGCACGGGCAGAGCCAGCGACUGCGACUGCGGCUGCGACAGAGCACCAUGUGGUGGCUCCUUUCCUCCUUCACAUCCGCAUCCACUUCCUCUACCUCUCCCGCUCUCCUCUGUCGCACGCUGCAUUGGAUCCUGCCCUGCUUCUUCCUCUUCUUCCUGGCGCUGCUGCCUGCAAACGUGACGGCUAGAUUUUGCGAGGGCUGUAGCCAAGGAUGCUGCACACAGGGCUGUUGUCCCCCAUACCAGGGCGGACCACGCCCACUGCCGCCGCCCUCGGAACAUGUCCUCAAUCUGUUCUUUAUCAGCCACUGGUUCUUUUGGUGCGUGGUUGUGGCCAUCAUCCUGGCCAUCCUGUGUGCCUACUCGCUGUGGAAGAAGCGGCGAACUCUGUGCGGCUGGGGAUUCAACGAGCAUCACACCCAGUCCGAGGGCGACUCGGCCGGAUCCUGCUAUGCGCCUCCACAGUAUAGUCGCUGCAACUCGUUCCAUCAUCCACCACCCCCUUACACCGAGGUGACCUCCAAGCCGGAUCUAUAUCCGCUCGUCUUCACCUGCAAUAGCGAUGCGGGCAAUGGCAAGGGCAACGGCAGCUCCAGUUACCUGAUGGUCCAGUAUUUCCGCAACUACAUUGUCCGGCCGGCAGCGGGUGGAUCGUUGAGCGCCGCUAGCACUGUCGACUCCCUCAGCUCCAGCUUCAUUUGCAAUGCCAACGAGGCGAACACCUUGGUGCCGCCGCCAUACUCCCGUGCAGCCAGUCCAGAGCUGGGAUUGCAUCAUUACGUGGCACAUGCCCAUGCCCAUGGAGGACAUGGAGGCGCCGGUGUCAACCAUCUGCGAUCCAUGGAGCAGGCUCAGCAGGUUCAAACAGCUCCCGUGCAUCAUUAUGGCCUGCCUAGAUCAGCGUCCCAGCUGGUGGAGCCAGAUGUCUACCAGCCGCGAGUGAUGCCCGUCCAGGCGCAGCACUACGCCACCGUGGCUCUGGGCAGUGCUCCCGGCGGAGGAGCUCUCUACAGCACCCGGCUGCAUGCCUCCCACGAGGAGGGAGUGGGCAUUGGCUAUCUCCAAUCCCAAAGCGAUCAACACUUCCGCUACAUGGCGAACAGCAGUAGCAGCCUGAGCGACAUCUUCGUGAACAAUAGCUGUGUGGCGGGAAUCCUGCCGGAAAACCCUGGUGUUGGCAUUGGAGGAGGAGGAGGAGCUGGAGGAGGUGCCUCUCAGAGCGCAGAGAGCGGAGCAGCCACUCAGGCUGCCUCUCUCAACAGCCUAGCAAUGGGCGGUAUGUGUGCCAGCGGAACGGGAGCCUCCGGAGGAUCUGGAACGCCAGUUAUUUAUAGCAACGGCUGCAUUCAGCCCAAUCCCCUGCACAGUCUGGAGAACUGCUGUCAGCCGUCGGCUCAGGCCUCGGGAGUGAGCAGCUUGGCAAAUAUCGGAACACCAGGAUCGCCGCCGCAGGCCACCAGCCCCACGGGCGAGGUUCGCGAGAUACUCGACCAGAUUCGUCAGCUCCAGGCAGGUGUUAGCUAUGAACAACUCUUGCUAGACGGAACUGGAGCCAAGCCGAGGCUGCAACACACGCUAUCGACACCCUCGAAUUCGCAGCAGGUGCUCCAGCCCAUCCUGACCACAUCGGCAUCCAUUUCGGGCGGCGGCGGCAGCGGUAGCGGCCUGAGCAGCGGGCGUAGUAAAAAGUUUUUUGGCUCCGGCAGCAAAUCUCAGCCCAACAAGGCUCUAUAUAUACCCAUGGCGGCCAUUGGAUCGGCAUCGGGUUCCGGCGGAGCACAGCGCUGUGUGCUCAAGAGUCCCGUGAGCAGCGUUGUAAGUGGUGCUAGCUUCUUUGUCAAUCGGGGACGUGUGGCCCGAAAGGGUUGGAUCACACGGUCGGCGCCCACGACUCCUGGCAGCGCCCUGCCCCCCAAUCGACUUGGCGACGAUAGUCCGCUGCUGUUAAAUGAGCACGAUGAGGAUGCCAUUGAUGAUAAUGAUGAGGAAGACGAAGAGGAGGAGGAGGAGGAAAAGCAUCAGCGAAACCGGAGUCAUGUGCAUCAGGAUACUGACAGCGAAACGGAGGCGGAGGCGCGGAAUCACCAUCACCAGCAGCAGCGUCACCAACGAGGGCAUCGCAGCCAUCGUCGUGGACAGCUUGAAUAAUAGUGGGCGUGGUCACCCCGGUCGCCAGUGUCAUUUAGUAGUUGUUGUUGUAGCUCAAGGUUCUCCCCUAGGAUUAAGCUUUUAAACGAAGGCAGGGGCAAGAGGCCGCUUUGGCUGAGGGCACGGCAAGUCGGUUAGCCUUAAGUUAGGAAAUUGAGAAAGCGUUCUGGCAAAUGGAAACCAGUUUCAAAAAUAUUUGAAUUUUUCAAUAGGAUCAAUAGUCUUUGACUGGACCCACUAAAAAGCCCGUUGAGACUGGAGAAUUGGAACUGUAGCGAACCUGGCAAACAGCAUUAAACGAUGUUGCAGGAAUUUUAACAAAAAAAUUAUAAAUAGUCUUUAAUUUAUAGCUUUAAUCUCUUUGUUUUUAUUAGUUUUUGAAAAGUGGGAACACCAGAAUUGUAUCAUUAUUUCAACAAUCAGUAUUACUACAAAAGCUUACCACAAGUAUAUCAUUAUUUAAUUAUUUCUUAAAUUAUUAGAUUAGUUAUUAUUAUUUUUAUUGUUACCCGAAGGAAAUGUCUGUUUGUUGAGCUUCCAUGAAUAGUUAAACAAUUGAAAUUAUAUAUUAUUAUAUAAAUCCCUUUCAUUAGCUAUUAACAAAACAAAAACCAAAAAACGAAGUUUUACAUUUUGGAUAAUAUGUAAAAACAAAGGUGGAAGGUUUCAUUAAUUAAUUGAAAAUAACAAUGUUUAUUUCAAACUUUUUAAACUAAGACUUUUUCAAAUAUUCACCCAAUAU